CUUGCCGCAGACUGCGGUACGGUACAAUCAACAACAUCAGUUGUAAACAACACUGUGGCUGUCGGCAGUCUGUUGUUUGUCAACACCGAAUUAAGUCGACUCAGCCCUCAAGUGUCGUCGAGAUGAAGUCUAUCACCGUCAAAUGGAACGGGAAAGAAUAUGAGAUCGAAGUGGACGAGGCCACCAUGACAGUGAAGGACUUCAAAGAUGCGAUCGAGAAGAAGACUUGCGUCAGGCCUCACCGACAGAAACUCUUGAAUCUGAAGCUCAAAGGGAAGACACCUGAUGAUGACACAAAAAUGGGAACAAUUGGGUUACGCCCAGGAACUAAGAUAAUGAUGAUGGGUUCACUUGAAUCAAGUGUCGAAGAAGCUCAGCGAAUACCAGAGAAUCUUCCACCUGUUAUAAAUGACCUCGAUAUUGAAGAGGAAGAAGUUGCAAUAGAGAAUCGUUCAGAGUAUCUGCAAAAGGUGGAGAAGAGGGUACGGGAGUAUGAAGUCAAAAUUUUGAAUGAUAUGAGACCUGGUAAGAAAUUACUAGUUCUUGAUAUUGAUUACACCUUAUUUGAUCAUCGUUCAACAGCUGAAACUGGAGCAGAACUUAUGAGGCCUUUUUUACAUGAAUUCCUUACUUCUGCAUACAAGAGUUAUGAUAUUGCCAUUUGGUCAGCUACAAGUAUGAAGUGGAUUGAGGAGAAGAUGAAACUCUUAGGUGUUUCUUCACAUCCCGACUAUAAAAUUGUUUUUUACUUGGACUCAUUGGCAAUGAUUACCGUUGAAACUCAAAAGUAUGGAGUUAUAGAGGUUAAACCUCUUGGUGUUGUGUGGGGUAAGUUCAAGCACUACAGUCAGAAAAACACAAUAAUGUUUGAUGAUUUACGUCGAAACUUCCUGAUGAAUCCUCAGAAUGGCCUCAAGAUACGACCAUUCCGUCAGGCCCAUCAGAAUCGUGCCACUGACCGUGAGUUGGUGCGUUUAGCAUCAUACUUGGAAGACAUUUCUGCUCUUACUGACAUAUCUGCUCUCAAUCAUUCCAAGUGGGAACAUUAUCGUAAAGAGGGCUAUAACUGACCAAUCGGUCCCCAUCUGAUGUUUAUAAAUACUUUGCCUUUUUGAUUCUCACUGCUAAUGCAGAACUCCAUUUUUCUUUUAAAAUAUUUCCUGGAUAUUCAUCUUGCAUGACAACAUAGCAGCAGGAUCAAACAAC